AUGGUGUCUCUAUCUCGGGUGCAGCAGACCAACGCCUCGGCUGCUUCAAAGCUCCCAGCCGGUCUCGUCGCCGUCUUCGCUGGUGCAACAGCAGGUAUUGGCGAGACAGCUCUCAAAGCAUUUGCCAAAUAUACUACACAGCCCAAAAUCUAUUACAUCGGCCGUUCUCAAGAGGCGGGUGAUAGACUACAAAUUGAGUUGAAGGAGUCGAAUCCCGAAGGAGAAUAUGUCUUCAUCAAGAAGGACAUGAGCUUGUUGAAGAAUGUGGAUGAGGUUUGUCGAGAUAUCAAGAGCAAGGAGACAGUCUUGAAUGUCUUAUUCCUAAAUACCGAAGAGGGGCUGCCUCUGGUCACCGGCCUAACCAUCUACUCUCGCAACCGUCUCACAGUCAAUCUCCUCCCACUGCUAAAGAAGGCACCGUCUCUUCGUCGUGUAAUAAGCGUCAUGGCUGGUACGCACGAGGGUAAGCUCUUCUCCGACGAUAUAGCAGCUCGCAACAUCCCCUUUACCAGCAUUCACAACUCCCGAGGGCACAUGUGCUCGGCCCUGACUCUGUCCUUGGAAGCACUGGCUCGUCAAGCACCAGAAGUUUCCUUCAUUCACAACUUCCCUGGCUCUGUUGAUACAAACCUAAUCCGCAGUGGAGACGGUUUCAUGAUGCAGGUUAUGAAGUAUUGGUUCAAGGUCAGCAUGACUGUGAGGAGACAGUGGUUACCUAAGGAGGAGUGUGGAGAGAGACAUGCGUGGUUGUGUUUGACUGGGAGAUAUCCUGAUAAAGAGGGUAGUGAGAACGGUAUCAAAGAGGGAGAAGUUGCUGUUGGUACUGGCGGGAAUAAGGGAAGUGGUGUCUAUAGUGUUGAUUGGGAUGGUGAGAGUGCUUCAGUUGAAGUUGUCAAGCUGCUCGAUGGAUUCAAGGAGGAAGGCCUUGUGGAAAAGCUCUGGAAAGAUCAAGAAAAAGAAUUUAUCAGAAUUACUGGUGUAGCUUUUAUCUAG